AUGAGCGGUUCAACCGUGUUUCCAGCUGUGUGUUACAGUGUUUGUAACAAUGUAUACGUCGAGGCGUUGAAAAUUGGCAAGUCACCAGAAUUGUGCUCAAAUUCAUUAUUCAACAACCAGUACAGUUCUUGCCAGAAGUGCGUUGCAGCAAAUAGCUCAGAUCCAGCUGCGGCGAACGAAAAUUAUUUGAAAUCUUCAUUUGAAGAGUUUUUUGAAUAUUGUGCGUCACCAAAUGCAUCCUCGAUAGCGUCGAGUGAAGUAGAGGAUACGACAGUUGCAACAACGUUGAGUGUCGCCUCCUCACUCCUUUCCUCGCUCCCAAAUUUCACGACUACCUUUUUUAGUUCUACCUCCACUCCCUCGGGGUCACCAUAUACAACCAUCACAGCAACCAAUACCCAAGGUAUCUCAUUAUUCAACGGAAGCACAAUUACCAUCACAUUUUCUAAUGUGAUAACAUUAUGGAGCCAAACAAGUUCCACUUCGUUCCCUUCCCCAACAAAUUUACAAUCUACAUUAACACCUGGUCAUGCGCGGUUUCAUGGUGUAGUUUUUGGCUCCAUUUUUGGCGGACUGGCAAUUAUUGCUUUCGGUGGCAUCUACUGGAAAUUCUUGAGACACCGGCAUUUGAGAAAAUUGAGAGUUGGAGGUGGAGCUGGUGAUGAAAAUGACCAUGAGAAAGCGCAAUUGCAUUCCGAUUGUAUCCCUCCCAAGAAUCCAGAAGAAAUUGAUGGGUCACCAAAAGGCCCAGUCGCAGAAUUGCCAGCUAUAGAAGCUGUUGUAGAGAUGCCAGGGAGUGUCAAAAACUUGCCCAGAGAGGUUGGGUGA